AUGAAAGGCAUUUUCCAGGAAAAACCACCGAGACCUAAGUACCCAGAAAUUUGCGAUGUGUCCAUUGUUCUUUCAUACCUUCAGUCUUUAUCCCCUGUGGAUAAAUUGUCCUUGAAGUAACUUACACUGAAACUCCUUGUGCUUAUUCUAUUAGUUUCGGGCCAAAGAGGUCAGACCAUUCAUUUGCUAAGCAUUGACCACAUGGUCUCUGUGAAUAAUUGCUAUAAUUUUCAGAUUGUUGACCACUUAAAACAACGCAGAACAGGCGUCAAAAAUCCUCUUGUAGAACUCAGACCUUUCAAGGAUGAGACUCUCUGUGUUGUAACAACAUUAAAGGAGUAUCCAACAAGGACACAAUCCUUACGGGGCUCAAAGUUAUAACAGACCUUUUAAAAGAGUCAGUAGAGACACCAUUAGUCGUUAGGUUAAGUUGGUUCUGAUUGACUCUGGAAUCGAUACAUCCAGGUUUAAACCACACAGUACUAGGGCUGCCAGUUCGUCUGCAGCCAGUAAUGCUUCAGUAAGCCUUGAAGAUAUUUUGCAUACAGCUGGAUGGUCAUCAGAGUCUACAUUCGCAAAAUUUUAUAACAAGCCUAUUGUUAAAGAGAACACAUUUGCUGACAAGGUGCUCAGCAAUGUAAGCAACACAAAUUUGUAAUAAAUGUUUUGCUGAUUAUGCUUAAUGUUCAUGUUGCUUGAUCUCACAGCACGAUAACGAGGUAGAAUAGUAAAAUUAAACGAGACUUACCUGUAAGUUGAAGUUUGAUUGAGACCCACCCUCUGUUGGUACCUGUGAGUCACUCACAUUAAGCCUUUGAAGACUGAGUUGGCGCAUGCGCUACGAUCUCUCAUGUAAUCUCCCAGCACUUUAUAACUCGGUAGAAUCUCAAUCAAACUUCAACUUACAGGUAAGUCUCGUUUAAUUUUACUAUUUUCUAGCAAAUUUCCUUUCCUUUACUUUUCCUGUAGAAUGAGAUUCAUUUCAUUAUUAAAGGGGAUGAUAAAAUCCCGGGGGGGACUGCCCUAUAUCUGCCAUAUAGGUAUGUGCCGCCUCAUCGGGAGGGAGUUUUUGCGCCGUUUUGGUCUGAAAAGGGGUAUAGAUUUGAACAUUUUGGUCUGGGGUUUUAAUUUCAACAAUGAUAACAUAAUUUUUGCUUAAUGCAAAGGGUCCAGAGAAGUUUCGUGUGAAUAAAUGAACCACUUAUUUAAUGUCUCACCUUGAAAAAUGUCUAUACCUGUCGCUUAGCACGAUUAAUUAGCCCAAUGUGAUCUUUAUGAAUCUACUGUAAACGAUUUCUUCGCUUCUUAUCUGACCCAGAUCGACUUUGUUGUUCACCAUUUUGAAAAUCAAUAACCGCAAGCCAUAUCCUUGCCGGUGAACAGCACGUUACCCGAAGGGAAAAUUCCAUCUGCAUGUAUAUUUUAAAUAAUAUUUUUUAUGGCUGGUUUAUGUUGCAUACAUAUAUUAUUUAAGUCUUACAUAUACUGCUUUUGUAAGAAUUUCACAUAAACAAGGAAUCUCAGUGCUUUUACAAAAUUAAUAUAUAUUGGCUUUCUCCCUCACCCUCUCUUCAAAAGAGGUUAAUUGUUAAUAAUUGUCAGUUGAGUAUUUAAAUUAGGUGUUAAUAUAUGACUUAAUUAUUUUUGGUGUUAACGCACUCUGUCCAAGAAUGUUUUUCCAAUCCGUGAAAUUACCCAGCCCCCACUACAAAAUUUGAAUGGUUGGCUCAUAAUAUUGUAAAGUGAAAGUAUUAUGAGUCCUAUGGCUAAAAAUCUUAAACAUUUGGUUAUGCAAAAUAUUACCAGUAUAACAAAUUUCCCUCAUGUUAAUUAACAAAAUUGAAGGGAACAUUUCAGCCAUUAAUUUACUAUGCAGUACAAACUGUUUAGCACCCAUGGGACAAAGUUCCUUUAUUUUCUAUCUUCAGCUGAAAAACCAGAUUGCAGCAUUGUAUAGCUUAAGAGCCAAAGGCACCAAAGCCUUUGAAAUUGAUGAGCCUGGAUGGAGGCUGCUUUGUUGGAGGCUUCGAAUGUGUAAAAAUUGUAAAGUGUAAUAAAUAAAAGUUAUUUUUACCGAGACGCUUGUUUAAUCUUUUCUGCUUAAGUACUAAAGUUAUGUGUUGUUUGCUCUUAGAAACACCCUUAUGAAUCUUAGAAUGAUAAGAGAUUUGGACUGGCCACUAUUUCUUAAAAUAUUUCUUGUCAAUUAUCCUCUCUAGAAUUGCGUUAAAACUUAUAGAAGCGUACACAGACACAAAUAGGGAUUCAUAGCCUGUCGAUAUUUUUUGCGGCUUUGUCAACAAAAACAUGGAGACCUUUUCUUUUCGUCUUGGAACAUUCCCGAAAAUUGUGAUAUGUUCUUUAUUCCUUUACAUGUGAAUUUUGUGAACGAAGUGUAAUGAAUUAUUUUUUGUUUAUAGAGAUAUCCUUAUCCUUUUGAAACUUGUACCUGAUGUUUCUUGGUCACCUUCAUUCACGGUCUGGUUUCUGAAUUUUAUUUAGAACAUCCCGUGAGAGGAUUGAAAUGUAUAAAGAUUUGAAUUGGUCCGCAAGCCUAAUUGUGUUAUGGUUAUCAAUGUGGUUUUUUUAUUUUGUUUUUCUAGACAUGUUGUGAAGGAUUUAAAACAUUGGGAAUAAAAAGAUUGUAUUGCCCAUUUAGUAAAUGGAUUUCGUUUUCUGAGUGCGGUCAUUGUGAUCACAUAUUCAAAUUGCAAUUAACGUUAGAUGGAUUAAGAAUGGCGUUGAAAGGCCAGCAAAUGAAUUGGCAGAAUGAGCGUUCUUGUGUAGUGAAAUUGUAUUGUAGAUCCAUGGGCUUUCUAGAGGAGGAACGCAGUUAAUGAAAGUGACUUUUUUCUUUAUCUUUUCUAGAAAACCCCUGUAUGAAUUGAAAUGCUUCCUUGUUGCCGUUUUACGCUGUGGGUGUAUAGCUAUAUACAAUGUUACUGCGACUGUCGAUUAGGAGUUUUUAAUCUCCUUAUAGACAACUGGAUCACAUUUCAAAACUAUGAGGAGUUUGACCCUCUCAAAGCUAACACACAAUUUAUUAGAGUCUAUAAUACUAUUCUGGAUAGAGAUGUGCUGUUUCAAAAUGUUAAUGAGUAUCCAGAAGAGUUAGUAGAAAGAGUAAACUUGUUUUCUGAUUUUCAUUAAAAAUUGUAAAACGCUGUUGCAUUUAUAUAUUUCCAGAAUAACCUUAGAAGAAUUGAAAAACGGACAAUUGUGCCAAUUUACGCUUUGGAAAAACACAACAGAAGAUGAAUUGUGCGCACAUUUUGUACGAAUUGUUGGUUUGAGGUUGUGUAUUGAUGAAAUUACAGAUGCUAGUUAUUGGAAAUAUAUGAACGCAACAGCAUUCGCAAGAGCUCAAAUACAGCAAAAGUGUGUUUUGUUAUAUUUUCGUGUAUUUGAAGAAUUUUGGGCGAGUCACAGUAGGUGACUUACACAUCCCGCUUUGUAAUUUAAGGUCAUGAAUAAAGAAAGAAAUGGCAUGGUAAAAUAACACUGAAAAAGCUAUUGACUUGGGAAAACAACAUGCAAAUAAAUGUUGUCAGGAAAAAAGCGAAAACAACAUGCAAAUAAAUCAUGUAGGGAGAAGAGCAAAAACAACAUGCAAAAUAUAUGUUGAAGGAAAAAAACGAAAAACAACAUGCAAAUAAUUGUUGUUGGGUAUUGAAAAACGCACAGUCUAUCACCAAUAAAAAUCCAAGGGCGAACACAGUGUGACCUUCGGUGACUUACCGACCUAGGAAAAACGUGCACUCUAUCACGAAUACAAAACCAGGGAUUACUAUGAAAACAAUACCAAGAUGGCGGAUUAAUGGCCUGAAUAGAAUCCAAGAUGGCGACUAAUGGUUAUAAACAAUAGCAAGAUCGUGAAUUAAUGGCCUGAAUAGAAUCCAAGAUGGCGAACUAACGACCUUGAAACAACAGAAAGAGGUGGUAAGUCAAAGAUAGAAAGACACGAAACUUGACUUGAAGUAAGAGAUAGUGUAGGAAAACGUGAGAAAUCAUAAACGUGCAGGGUAGAACGUUCAACAAAGCCUGUAGGGACUAAGAAAGAUGUCAUUCAACGUGCGUAGCUCAGCGAAAUAAGCGUAAGUAAAUUGAAAGUAAUUAAAUAAAGCGAAAAUAAGCCGAAGGUUGUCGAAGUUAGCGGAAAUAAGCCGAAAGUAGCCGAAGUAAGUGGAAAAUAGUCGAAGGUAGCGGAAGUAAGUGGAAAUAAGCCGAAAAUAGCCGAAUGAAGCAGAAAUGGAUGGAAAGUAAUGAAACGAAGCGAAAAUAAACAAAAAAGAAACAUUUGUUAGUCUAAAAUUAAUUGCAAAGGGUUUAAUACGUUUUCUAUUUUUUCUCUAGAUAUGCUGGACGAAGGCAAUGAUGUGUUGUUAGCGGGAGCACGCCAUUUUGAAUAACAAGGAGGCAACCCCUUGUUUAGAGCAGAGUUUACAGCAGUCGGGAGAAACAGAUCCUUUCAUAGUGUGGUGGAACAGAGAAGAUUUCAAUUAACCUUUCAACAAUUAAGAACACCGGACGACAACGAACCACUCGGGGAAGCAAUUACAGAAGCUACUCGACAAGGUUUACAGCAAGUGGUUGCUGAGCAACAAAUCAAUCCUGCUGAUUAUUCAUUACUAAUGGCCAUUCAUUCCAAUUCAUUUACUCAUGUCUGGAGUCAAUCUGCCUGUCAUGUGCCUUUGAACGAGUGGCUUAAUAAUAAAGAGUACGCUCGCACAUUUUAAGAAGAUUAAGCGUGUAAAUUAAAUUCCACCAAAGUGGUGGAUCCAGAGAGGGAUGGUUUCCUUGUGGAACUCACACUUGUGAAAAGCCUGGGGCGUGGUGCAGGAAAGAAGGGGAAAUGUGGAAAUCCGGGAAAAACUGCCUGGGAAAAGAUGGCAAAGAAAAAGCGAUUUGUCGUACGUAUCCAAAACAAAGAUGACUUGUGUUGCGCCAGAGCGAUAGUCACCAUGAAAGAAAAAGUGGACAAGAGGUCCCAUUACCAAAAUCUGAGACAUGGAAGACCCAUUCAACAACGCUGGGCAAGUGCCACAUCAAGAAGUGGGUGUUCCCGAAGGCCCCUGCGGGUUCAAGGAAUUGCAAAAAUUCCAAGAUUACCUUGGACCACAUGGAUACCAACUUAUCGUGGUUGAACCCUCGAAAUGUUUUAUUCUAUUCAAGGAUUCACAGUAUAAUCGAGCCCCUCAUUGCAUGGGUUUAGUAAAAUAUCAAGGACAUUUUGAUGGUCUCACCAGUAUUCCUGCCCUCAUGAAUCGAUCGUAUUAUUGUCGCCAUCGGUCAUUGGAAUCAGCAAAUUGAUACCCUGUAGGUAAUUUUUAGUUCAAAUCUUGUUGCAUCCAAUGGAACACUUUGGCCAAAGAUUAAUAAUAGUUAAGGUUCUCUCUUGGGGUUUUUAUUGCAGAGCUAAUUUGUAUGCAACGGUGGGCUUGCAUAAUUACCUGACCAUUGGCGCACAAGACGUUUAGACUUUAAUAGUUUUUCAUGUCCUCGAGAUAGAUGGGAGAAAACGGCUCUGUAAUAGUCAGACAAACUUGAAAUAAAGCGUUUUCAGCUCCAAUUUGUGUAUCUUUUGUUUAUAUAUCCGAGUUUUAGCACUAAAUAAGAUAUUAGGAAGCCGUUUCUCGCGUUGCUAGGUGAUCGCUCUUAUUUUCCUUUUAGUAGAUGGUCCGAAAACUGGGCUCAAGUUACUUACCGGGCAAGUCUAGGCAAGCCUAUUGUUUCUGUUGUAGUAGAGUGACGCACUAUAGUAAACCUAUACCGAAUAAGUAUGCAGGAGGACACUGACUAGGCACUUAAUUAAUAUGGAGGAAGGCAUUGACUAGGCACUUAAUUAGUAUGGAGGAAGGCACUUUUUUUCCCAAGGUUAUAACAAUGGGUGACGUCAUUGACUAGACCUAGCUAGACCUUGCUAGACACCAACAAGGCUGAUCUGGUCACUAAUGUGACGUGGUUUGUAUCGAAGAUCAGGGAUCACCCAAUCGGACGUGGAAAACAUCUCCCCGGGUAGGUCAUAAACAACCGUGGAAUAGAACCCCUGGAAUAAAAUGUGAAAACCAGUAAACCCUAUGAAGAUAAUCUGUUUCUUCCGCUGCCUAUCACUUUACAAUGGUUGCCAUACGAGGAAUUUAGAGAGAUACCCAGUACUAUUACCAACAUUACCGAGGCGGGGGGUUAGGAAAAAAGAAGUUCCAUGGAGUCAAGUUGUCUGAACUAGACAACCUAGAAAAAUUGUAUGAAGUGAAUAUUCAAGUGUACAGUCUCGCGCCUACUCAGAGUCACAGUGAAGACGAAGACAAUGAAGAAAAUACUCCUGAGAUUACCGCCAACCUGCUUCGCUGCUCUCACCACCACUACUCCAGCACUCUUUACUUGAGCUUGUACGAAAACCAUUUCUCGUAUAUUAAAGACCUGUGGCAAGUACUGGAAACGCGCAAGUAA